UAGUAGUAUGGGUUUCCGGAAUCGGUACUUACGGUUUGAAGCCACAUGAUGUCGCUCUUUACCAUAAAAUCCACCUGACAGGAAUAAGAAUAAAAGGGAAAAUAUUUCUUCUUACUGGAAAGAAGCUGCAUCCACAAUCCGGCGUUUGAAAAAUGGAGGAUGCUGCUGCAUGGAAAUGACCAAACAGAUUUUUCCUAACUUUGAGACAAGAUUCCUAAUCAUAAUAAAGCUCUGUACGCUUGACAUGGAAUUUUCCUGGGGAAGUGGCCCGGAAUCCCAGCGCCUGCUGCUUUCCUUUCUGCUCCUCGCAAUCUGGGAGGCAGGGAGUGGCCAACUCCACUACUCCAUUCCCGAAGAGGUCAAACACGGCACCUUCGUGGGCCGCAUCGCUCAGGAUCUGGGGCUGGAGCUGGCGGAGCUGGUGCCGCGUCUGUUCCGGGUGGCGUCCAAGGACCGCGGGGACCUUCUGGAGGUAAAUCUGCAGAAUGGCAUUUUGUUUGUGAAUUCUCGGAUCGACCGGGAGGAGCUGUGCGGGCGGAGCGCGGAGUGUAGCAUCCACCUGGAGGUGAUCGUGGACAGACCGCUGCAGGUUUUUCAUGUGGAAGUGGAGGUGAAGGACAUUAAUGAUAACCCGCCUGUGUUCCUGGCGACACAAAAGAAUUUGUUCAUUGCAGAAUCCAAGCCACUUGAUACUCGGCUACCACUAGAGGGCGCCUCUGAUGCAGAUAUCGGAGUCAACGCUCUGCUCACUUACUCGCUGAGCCCCAAUGAGUAUUUUUCUUUGGAAAAACCAUCCGAUGACCCACGGGUAAAAGGUCUUGGGCUUCUAUUACGGAAAUCUUUAGACCGAGAAGAAACUCCGGAGAUUUUUUUAGUACUCACUGUCACUGAUGGGGGCAAACCCGAGCUGACAGGCACAGUCCAGUUACUCAUUACAGUACUGGAUGCUAAUGACAAUGCUCCAGUUUUUGACAGAACACUCUAUACGGUGAAAUUACCAGAAAAUGUUCCAAAUGGAACCUUGGUAAUCAAAGUUAAUGCUUCAGAUUUAGAUGAAGGCUCGAAUGGAGAUAUUAUUUACUCAUUUUCUACUGAUAUUUCACCAAAUGUGAAAUCCAAGUUCCACAUAGACCCAGUUACAGGACAAAUUUUCGUAAAAGGAUAUAUUGAUUUCGAAGAAUGCAAAUCCUAUGAAAUUCUUGUAGAGGGCUUUGACAAAGGACAGCUUCCACUCUCUGGCCACUGUAGAGUUAUUGUAGAAGUAGAAGAUACCAAUGACAAUGUCCCAACUUUGGAAUUCAAGUCCCUAUCACUUCCAAUCAGAGAGAACACUCCACUGGGCACCGUUGUCGCACUGAUCAGCGUGUCAGAUCGCGACUCAGGUGCCAACGGACAGGUGACUUGUCACCUGACGCCACAUGUUCCCUUCAAGCUAGUGUCCACUUUCAAGAAUUACUAUUCUUUGGUGCUGGACAGCGCCCUGGACCGCGAGACCAUAUCUGACUAUAAGCUGGUGGUGACCGCCAGGGACGGGGGCUCCCCUUCGCUGUGGGCCACAGCCAGUGUGUCCGUGGAGGUGACUGACGUAAAUGACAAUGCGCCAUUGUUCGCGCAGCCCGAGUACACAGUGUUCGUGAAGGAGAACAACCCGCCAGGCUGUCACAUCUUCACGGUGUCUGCGCAUGACGCAGAUGCGCAGGAGAAUGCUCUGGUGUCCUACUCUCUGGUGGAGCGGCUGGUGGGUGAGCGUGCUUUGUCGAGCUUCGUGUCAGUGCACGCGGAGAGCGGCAAAGUGUAUGCUCUGCAGCCUCUGGACCACGAAGAGAUUGAGCUGCUUCAGUUUCAGGUGAGUGCCCGCGACUCUGGUGUGCCGCCCCUGGGCAGCAACGUGACGCUGCAAGUGUUUGUGCUGGAUGAGAACGACAACAUGCCAACACUGCUGGCACCUAGGACAGGUGACACAGGGGGAGCUUUGAAUGAACUGGUGCAGUGGUCAGUGGGUGCCGGCCACGUGGUAACGAAAGUGCGUGCAGUGGAUGCUGACUCUGGCUACAACGCCUGGCUAUCUUAUGAGCUGCUACAGUUAUCCGGUGGCUCGCGCAGCCCGUUCCGUGUGGGUCUGUAUACGGGCGAGAUCAGUACAACCCGCGCCCUGGAUGAAGCAGACGCGCCACGCCAGCGCCUGCUGGUGCUGGUGAAAGACCACGGUGAACCGGCGCUGACCGCCACCGCCACAGUUCUGGUGUCUCUGGUGGAGAGCGGCCAGGUGCCAAAGACCUCCUCCAGGGCACUGGCGGGCACUGCUGGCCACGACGUGGCGCUAGUGGAUGUCAACGUGUACCUGAUCAUUGCCAUCUGUGCAAUUUCCAGCCUGUUGGUGCUCACGCUGUUGCUGUACACGGCGUUUAGGUGUUCAGCGGUGCCCACGGAGGGCUCCUGUAGACCUGGGAAGCCCACACUGGUGUGCUCCAGCGCGGUGGGGAGCUGGUCUUACUCGCAGCAGAGGAGGCAUAGGGUGUGCUCUGGCGAAGGCCUGCCCAAGACUGACCUCAUGGCCUUCAGCCCCAGUUUACCUGAUUCUAGGGACAGAGAGGAUCAACCACAAACUACUGGAGAUUCCUUGGCAAAGGUUAGUUUAUAA